CUUGUACCACCAUUCUGACAAUACGAGUUUCUUGACUACUGAAUGAUACGACAACCAAAAUAGCUUCGUGUCCUCGCUCAGGUACCGCUUCCUUCCGUACUGAACGCAGCCGUACCGGCAGUUCUUCUUCCUCACUGGGUUCUCGGUGCGCUUGAUGCGUACACACACCACCCCCUCAAGUAUCCCCGGAUUUGAAGACCCAUAUUCCAAGCUUCGACUAGUUUCGCCAAUUCUUCCUAAAUCCCUGGCUGAUCCGUCAAUCUCACAACCUGCAAAGCGUACAAGCACCAUGCAGCAAGGCGGCGGAUCUAUACAGCGCAACGGGAGCGGUAAUAGCACGUCUCAAAGAGUGCAGCCUUCCUUAUCAGAGACCCUUUACGACAUAAUACCGUCUGACGAAGAGCAUGCAAAUCAUCAACAAUCGUCAUCGCAGUGUCGUAAUACAGGAUCCAACGGCUACACACCUGUUCAAUCUCGUCCAGUUCUACUUCACCACUACCAGCAACAUUCCAAUGGAACCCAGGGUGGCAGGCAAUACCUCGAUUAUGGCCGCAGGCAAGUCCGGACGUACGCCAUUCCACUCGUCAUCCUACGCUCGAUAGAUACACAAUGGUUCAUUUAUCCAGCCAAAGUGUUUCUCUGUAUGGGUACAGCACUUGGGCUACGAGCAAUCGACUUACACUGGCGGAACUCGAUCGACUGAACGGGCAGCAUGCGCGAACGGAUACCCUAGAUCGAUGGAAAAGUGAGAGCCAACGCGACGGAUCCUGGGAUGGGAUUGGGCUCUAUUGGAUGGGCCGAAGGGUUGUCCUCUCAAUCGAUCAGCAAUAUCGAACACAGCCAUUUUUGGACGGAAGAUGGGCAGCAAAUGUACAGUAUACCCCUACCACUGGUCUCGGUAAAGGGGUGGAUUCAAAUUUCCCAGGCGGUAUUGUCAAACCCAGGUCAUACUUCAGCUGGAGCAAUUUUUG